AUUGAACUAAACCGAACUGAACUGAAAACACGACGACUGAAAUCUUCUUCCCACCCCAAAUUCUCUCUCUCCUCCAUCUGACCAUCUCCAUGGAAGAGGAAUCACCAUCAGCAUCACGAAAACUCGGAGCUUUAGAUCCAUCACAACCCAUGAAAGAAUUGAUAUGGUUUUCACUAAUCUCCACUUCAAUGAAGCUCCUUUUAAUCCCAUCAUACCACAGCACAGAUUUCGAGGUUCACCGGAAUUGGAUGGCCACUACACACUCUCUCUCUCUCCCUGAUUGGUACUCCGACACCACUAGUCCAUGGACUCUCGAUUACCCUCCAUUCUUCGCUUAUUUUGAGCUUUUUCUCUCUCUUUUCGCCGCCCGAAUUGAUCCCACCAUUGUUAACCACAUUGAAGGUCUCAAUUACAAGGCUAAUUCUGUUAUUUACUUUCAGAGAAUUACUGUUAUGGUCUCUGAUUUGGUUCUUCAUUACGCAAUUUAUCGAAUUACUCGGAAUUUGGAGUCGAAUAAGCGGAGAUUGAUCUGGGUUUUGGUGAUUUGGUCACCUGCAUUGUUGAUUGUUGAUCAUAUGCAUUUUCAGUAUAAUGGGUUUUUGUUGGGGUUGUUGUUGAUUUCGAUUUCAGGGUUGAUGGAAGGGAAUGAUUUGGUUGGUGGGUUUUUUUUUGCGGUUUUAUUGUGUUUUAAGCACUUGUUUGCUGUUGCUGCGCCUGUGUAUUUUGUGUAUUUGUUGCGGCAUUAUUGUAGAGGAGGAUGGAUUAAGGGUUUUCGCCGGCUUUUUGGGUUGGGGAUGGUGGUAGUGCUGGUUUUUGCUGCGGCUUUCGGACCGUUUGUGUAUCAUGAUCAGAUGCUUCAAGUCAUCCAUCGAAUGUUUCCUUUUGGCAGGGGUCUAUGCCAUGCAUAUUGGGCUCCGAACUUUUGGGUGUUCUACAUAAUGGCAGAUAAACUACUUGCUUUCAUCCUGAGAAGAGUGGGUUUUAAUGUCCAAAAGCCAGCAGGAUCUUUCACUUCAGGCCUAGUGGGGGACUCGUCACCCUUUUCUGUACUGCCUCAGAUCACCCCUUUGGUGACCUUUAUGAUGGUCUUGCUUGCCAUUUCUCCUUGUCUAUUCAAAGCCUGGAAGAAUCCUCAGCCAAGGAAGAUUGCUAGAUGGAUAGCUUAUGCUUACUCGUGUGGCUUUAUAUUUGGUUGGCAUGUCCAUGAAAAGGCAACACUCCAUUUUUUAAUCCCUAUGGCUGUUACUGCAAUUGACAGCAUAAGUGAUGCAAGGCAUUACUUUCUGCUCUCUGUAGUUGCAUGCUACUCUCUCUUCCCGCUUCUGUUUGAAGUCCAAGAAUACCCAAUAAAAGUGACAUUGCUGCUUCUGCACUGCGUUCUUAUGUGGUACGGUUUUUCUUCCUUCUUUUCGGGGACAACUACAACUUCAAAGAAUCAUUUGCAGAAGAAAAAUGAUGAUUUAAGAUCAGAUGAAAACCUGACGAGCAUUUCCGAGAAAGGAAGGCUUGACGUGGGAUGGGUCUGUAAGAGCUACUUACUCGGUUUUCUAGCGGUUGAAUUAUGGGGUCAGUUUCUACAUCCUCUCAUUCUCCGGGAUGAGCUUCCAUUUCUACCUUUGUUAUUGGUUUCUGUGUAUAGUGCAUUUGGGAUCAUGUACUCCUGGAUUUGGCAGCUAAAAUGGAUUGUUCUGUAUUGCUAGUUUAGCUAUGUAUUAUUAGCUUAAGGUCAAAAUUUAGCAACUUCAGUUUGUUUUUUCCGCCUUAGAUGAUUGCAUCAUUGUAUGUAUCACAAACAGACACAGUCCAAGCAUGAAAGUUUGAUUAACAUGAACAGCAUACGAUUUGUAGUUGUAGUAUUGUAGGCCACAUUUCAGAGAUGAUAUGGAAAGACAAUUUUGCCUUUA